AAAAAAAAAAAAAAAAAAAAAAAGGCCGACCCUUUCAGGUCCCAAAAAGUUUUUGAAUGAGCUAUUCAACAGGCAAGGUUUCAGGUGCAUGUGGUGAAGACUUGUGGCUGCUGUCCUUCAAUUGAACAACUGAAGGAACAAAAAGGAAGUUUCACAAAUUCAUUUCCUUCCUUUUUCUCCUUCGUUUUAACCUCAUCAGCUUUUCAACAUGGCACCCAUCACUUCUGCUUUCGAUCCUAAAGACGUUACUGUUAUUUUCGUUCUCGGUGGUCCCGGCGCAGGAAAGGGUACCCAAUGUGAAAAUAUCAAGAGAGAUUAUGACUUUGUUCAUCUUUCUGCUGGUGAUCUUUUGCGUGAAGAACAAAAGCGUGAAGGAUCUCAAUACGGUGAACUUAUUCAAAAUUACAUUCGUGAGGGUUUGAUUGUGCCUAUGGAAGUCACCAUUGCUUUGCUUGAGAAUGCCAUGAAAGAAGCCAUUGCUGCUGGCAAGAAAGCUCGUUUCUUGAUUGAUGGUUUCCCCCGUAAGAUGGAUCAAGCUGAAAAGUUUGAAGAAGCUGUUGUAGAAUGCAAGUUCGUUUUAUACUUCAAUUGUACUGAGGAAACUCUGAAGCAACGUUUGCUCAAGCGUGCUGAGACAUCUGGAAGAGUUGAUGAUAACGAAGAAAGCAUUUUAAAGAGAUUCCGUGUUUUCAAAGAUACUAGCAAGCCCGUCAUUGAUGCUUUCGCUGCAAAGAACAAAGUUCGUGAGAUCAACGCUGAACAAUCCAUUGAAGCCGUCUAUAAUGACGUUAAGAAAAUUUUCGAUGAUUUGUUUCAGAUGCACACCUAUCACUAUUUCACCCUGUUAGACCCUUAUUAGACUAUAAUUUACUGCAUACCUUUUAUUGACUGUUUCGUUUGAUUUAAUAGUACGGAUGAAUAACGUUCUUGACAAUAGUAACACUUUCUCGUACAAAAACCAUCAAGCUUGGAUUGAUAUUUCUUUUUUUUUUUUUUUUGAGCACCGUCUAUUGGAGUGCAAGCGGUAUUGUUUUUUU